CAGGCGACGGCGGGGUGCUGCCAGGGCCCAAGGCCGGGCUUUUGGGACCCCAUCGGCCGGUACAAGUGGGAUGCCUGGCACAGCCUGGGGAGGAUGUCCAAGGAGGAGGCGAUGGCGGCUUAUGUGGCUGAGAUGAAGAAGGUGGCCCAAAAGAUCAUCGACACGGUGCCCAUGGAUGAGACAACGGAGGAAAUGUUCGCAUACUUUGAGCCGCUCUACGAAGUGAUCCAUGACAUGCCCCGGCCCCCCGAGGCCUUCUUCAAGAGGAAAGGGGGCAGCCAGGAGCAGACGGCUGACCCCAGCCAGGACCACCCUGCCAGCAGCCCGGCCCCUGAUGGCCCUGAAGAUGCCCUGCCCGGGGAGCAGCAGAGCGGGCAGCCCGUGCCAGGAGCUGGGCUGGCUCCCGCCACUGAGGCGCUUGAGGGUAGCCAGGUGACCAGUGACUCCGAGGGGGACGUGUACUGCGACACCCUGGAGCAGGUGGAGCCUGAGAAGGUAACAGAGGGCCGGGAAGUGCCGGGGUCCUGCUGCACCGUGGAGGACACUGCUGAGACUGAUCCUGAGCAGCUGCUUGCUCCGCAG